AUGACCUCCUCCACUGAUGAUUCUGGUGACAUCUCUGCAGAGUUGUUAUGCCAAUCCACUACACCUACAAGCUCUGCAACUCAGACCAAAAGCAUGCCUGCACUGUCUCAAUCUGGUUCUACAAGUGCUCCUGACAUCCACACUUCCUGUCCAACUCAAGCCUCUAGAUCUGCCACAGGCAAGAAGAACUUGACAUGGUCAGGUGCCAAUGAUAUCUCCAAGAUGAUUUUCCCAGGUGCAUCUGUCGAUCCCAAUCGCAUCAAGUCAAAGCUGAGGUGGCUGCUAGAGACAUACUACAGGGAGAAGAAGAAGCUUUCACCCACUGGAGCUGGUACACUGCUGGAGGACAUGGAUGCAUCCAACCCAUCCUAUGUAUCUCGCAUUGCCCUGUCAACAAAGUAUGCUUGGUUUGAAAGGAUGCACAAGAUGAUGAAUGGCCGAUUCAAUGCUGAUCCCACAGCACUUAUCACAACUCCCAGUCUUGACUUCACCAGUGAUGACAAGCCUGACAUGCCUUCGAAUGGCUCAGCUGACAUACCCAUGGAUAUUUGUGGCAGCAAGCUGUACAAUCACAGUGCUCAUGGCCAUGGUUUGCCUCCUAUUCUUGACUUGAUCAAACCCACCAACCCCCCAGCUGCUGUUGCAUCCACUUCUGGUGCAUCCUUUGCUGGCACUGGUGAUGAUGACAUCUUUAACACAUCUUUGCCUCCACCUUUGCAGGCUCAACCACCUUCCUCCACUGCUGGCGGUUUGGAUGUCUCUGAUUCCACCUCUUCUCAAUCUUCAGCCCAGCUCUCUCCCAGCACCAAGCACAAGCGAGGUGCCCUUGAUCACAAGCAUGACACACUUGCUGAAGCUUUCUAUCAUUCUUCCAUUGAUACCCUUCAGAUCCACCUGCAGCUUGAACAGGAAUGCACCAGAUGCAAGAAAAUACUGGAGGCUGAGUGUACCAAGCAUGAGGAGAUGCACCUGCAUCAUGAGAGGGAGGAGAAAGAUCAUGAUGAAUGUGUUCACAUGUGUGAUCAUGAAAUGGUGAUGGAGAUGGUGUGCCUCCUUGCUUCUCAGGCCAGCAUCAAACAGGAUGCUUGUCAGAACACCAGCAACAACAACAACAACAUGGACUCUUCAUUCAAUCUUCCUGUCUUGUAG